AUGUACAUUCAAAAUAAAAAAACGUGGAAAUUCGAGACGAGGAGGAAGAUCUGCGAUGCCAUAAGGUAUGGAGUGACUAGAGUGGGGGACGAUGGGUCCUCCACCUCGGCCGAAUCAAUGGCGAUGGAUAUAGAUAGCCGAGAUAACACCGGAAAUGGAAAGAACGGGCUGGACAGACUCAGAAAUCAGGGAGUGAUCAGGAUGUGCGACGAAUCGGAGCAAUACCUGACACACAACACACUCAUGAUUCUGAAGUCGGAUGGACUUCGAGCGCGACUCAUACUCGAUCCGUUAGCAAUCAACAAGAGGGCUCGAAUUUAG